ACUCGUUACUGUACUGUCAUCGAUACUAUGUAGCUUCCUGCCGUUUUGGGUGAUACUUUACUUUUUACUGAUUAUACAGCAUGUUAAUCUAAUGUUACACGUAUGCUGACGUAUUACAACAUGUUUUGAAUCGAUACCCUUGUGUAGUGCAGAACAAGUACUUUCCUGAUACGAUAUGGUUUAUGAGUGAAUCUGCGUAUCAAAUAUGCAAAUGAUCUAGUAUCAGUGAAUUUUACACAUCCCGGUAUCGUUUUCCGUCGUACUGUAUAUGUUGCCGUUUUAAUUGGCGCUUGGUGUGUGUGCAACUCCUCCGUGAUGGAAGGCAUCAUAAGCAGUACUUUUCCCAUGUGUUUUCUUCUCUGUCUGGUUGUUGGCUAACUGCCCAUGUUUUGAAAGGUCAUGCAUGCGGCCAGGCCUCUAACCUGCACUUUUGUACAAAUCACCCUAGAGCAAUUGUGCUUCUAGUAGGUGCAGGCUCUUCCUUCAUCUAGUCUCCAUUCUUCCCCACUGCCUCCAACAGCCUAGAGUUCCCUAUGUUAACUCUGUUGAGCAUGUUUUACUAUAUCUGUCUGCGGCGACGCUCCAGGAGUGGGACUCGUGGUGAGGCACUGACCAGUCGGCGAGCAGUGGAGUCUGGCCAACGGGCGAUAUUGCCCGUCAGUGUGGAGGUGGAGCAGUACACCAAAGAGGUUUUGGACUUCAGCUCUCAUUAUGGCAGCGAGAAUAGUAUGUCCUACACGAUGUGGAACCUGGCUGGUGUACCUAAUGUCUACCCCAGCUCUGGAGACUUUACACAGACUGCGGUGUUCAGAACUUAUGGAACUUGGUGGGAACAAUGUGCCAGCGCUUCACCACGUUUCCGACGCACACCUAAAAGUUUCUACAGCCAGGAUUAUAUUGAGCUGGGAUUUGAAGAGCCUGUUUAUCCUACAGCUGUGGAGGUGCUUGAGACUUAUUACCCUGGGGCUAUUGUCCAGAUUCUGGCCUGCUCGCAUAACCCCUUUUCCCAAAAUCCUCCCACGGAUGUCAGGUGGGAGGUGUUGUGGUCGGGGGAGCCCACUAAGGUGCUGGCACCCCAGGCUCGCCAGUUUUCACCUAACAUCAAGCAUAUCAGUUUUCCCACCAACCUGCUACGCCUGGAGGUCAACAGCUCUCUUCUGGAUUAUUAUACUGAGCUGGAUGCCGUCAUCCUCCGUGGCGUCAAAGAGAGGCCCAUGCUCGCGCUCUACAAAAUGCCUGUCAUUGACAUCAUUGACCUGAGUGACAGUGAAGAGGACCUUUCUGAUCUGGGCGGUCCAUUCAGACAGUGUGCAGAGAGCAGGACAGGCAACGGCUACUUUGACAAACUACCCUAUGAGCUCAUUCAACUGAUACUCAGCCACCUGACCUUGCCAGACCUGUGCCGUCUGGCCCAGAGUUGUAAGAUGCUACACCAGCACUGUUGUGACCCGCUGCAAUACACCCAGCUGAGUUUGCAGCCCUACUGGGCCAGGCUGAGUGACACCUCCUUGGGACACCUGCAGAGCCGCUGCACACGCCUCCAGAGGCUCAACCUUUCUUGGGCUGGCAACCGUGGCGCUCUCACCCUCACUAGCUUCAGCAGUUUCAUGAAGGUGUGUGGGCUAAGUCUGGUGUGUCUGGAGCUGUCUUGCUGCCACUUCCUGAAUGAGGCCUGUUUGGAGGUCCUUGCCCAGACUUGUCCAGGGCUACAGGAGCUAAACCUGGCCUCCUGCGACCGCCUUCACCCACAGGCCUUCAUACACAUUUCCAAAUUUACACGUCUCCGCAGACUAGUGCUUUAUCGUACCAAGAUUGAGCAAACAGCUAUUCUGAGCAUCUUGACUUUCUGCAUUGAGUUGAGGCACCUGAACCUCGGAAGCUGUGUCAGGAUUGAAGACUACGAUGUUGUGGCCAGUAUGCUGGCUGCUCGUUGCCGCUCACUAUGUUCACUGGACCUGUGGCGCUGCAGAAACCUGACAGAUCGUGGUCUGAAUGAACUUGUCUCUGGCUGCAGAAUGUUAGAGGAACUGGACUUGGGCUGGAGUCCCACUCUGCAGAGCAGCACUGGAUGUUUCCAGCACCUCGCUCGCAGCUUACCACGCUUACGCAAACUUUUCCUCACUGCCAAUCGCACAGUCCGUGACUCGGACAUCGAAGAGUUGGCCUCCAGCUGCCCCUUGCUCCAACAUCUAGACAUACUGGGAACACGGCUUGUGAGUGCUGCCUCAUUGAAGAAACUCCUCCAGUCGUGUCCAAAGCUGCUCCUCCUGGAUGUCUCCUUCUGCUCCCAAAUAGACACAAGGAUAGCUCAAGAGCUAUCCAGCCUCUUCCCCGGUGUAGCCAUCAAGAGGAGUUUCACACACUGACCCCAGCGCGCUCUCAUUUCUCAUUGCCUUGAGAGAGUCGGAGGAGGCACAGCAGAAGAUGGAGACACGCUUCAGUAUCACAACAUCUUCUAUUAGCGGUCAGUAAAUAAGUUAGUCAACUUGGGGAUGAAGAUCUUUGGAUUGGAAAGGAACAAAAACCAAGUCAAAAAUCAACCACAAACUCACACCCGGAGGUCUAUGAAAUUCGAAACACAAGUAUUUUGGGACACAGUGAAGCAACUGCAUCUCUGGAAUGUGAAACAGCACUUAGGAAUGAUCAGGGCUUUGGUCAGUGCCUUGUCAGAUUGACCAUUAGACCAGUAUCAUCUUGCUAUGCCGGAAGAUAAAAUUCCCAUUACCUUUCAGCAGGUUUUGUGCUAAAACUGAGCUGUAUUUGGAACUGUUCAUAAUUCCCUCCGCCUUGACUAAGACCCCAGUUCCAGCUGAAGAAAAACAGGACAAGCAUGAUCCUGCCAACACCAAGCUCCAUUGAAGGCGAUGAGCAGUGUUGUUUGUGCCAAGCAUACCUUUGGAAAUGAGAACCAAAAUGGUGAACCUUACUUUUAUUGGACCAUGUCAUCUUGACUGAGAAACUGUUCUCAAUUGCUCUACCCGAUUAAACGAAGAAUAAAUAAAUAGAAUACACACUUUUCCCA